AUGUUGGCUUAUCUGUCUGAGUACGAGAAAGAGCGAACUCACGAGAUUUGGCAGCCACUGGACGACGGAUACGGUACUAUCCAUAUUUCAGUUACCAUGUGUGCUAUUCGAUCUAUGGAGACUUCUAAUAAUUGUGGCGCGACAUGUUUUCGUAAAGAGCAGGGAAUCUUAAACAAUCCAUGUGAAUGGACUGUAGUUGGAAUCUUAAACGUAAAAGUUAUUGGAGCCAAAGGUUUAACCAGCAAACCAAAUGCAUACUGUACCUUAGAAAUCGAUAACGAGAGAGUUGAGACUAAUCGAGCGGGCACAAGUGCAGAACCUGUGUGGAACAAAUACUAUGAUUUUAAAAUAUACGACAUAACAUCAACCCUUGAUAUAAAAAUCUACGAUAGCUCACUAAAGAAUGCCUUUCUAAACGAAUCUAUAGGAAAGGUGUCGAUACCACUUCUGAGAAUAAACAACGGAAUGAUUCGAUCGUAUGCCUUGAAAGAUAAAAAGAAACGGAACAAUGCGGAGGGAAACUGCCCGAGGAUACAAGUCCAAAUGUCUUUAGCUUGGAAUCCAGUAAAAGCAACCGUGAAACUAUUUCAAGCCAAAGAGUUAAAACAUAUUAAGAAACCACCCAAAGUUGACCUUGCACUAAUCUAUAACAAUACUAAAGUUAUAGCAGAUCUUUUGACUCUAACCGUCGAGUUAAAUGAAUAUUAUAAGCAAGUAUUUGAAUGGGACGAUAGAGAGUAUUCAUUUGGUACACUAGUGGGAUGGCUGGUAUUCUGUUAUUACCUCAGGCUAUGGAAUAUUCCACUGCUACUCUUGCUGCCUUUCCUUUACCAAAUGAUUUUUUGUAGACAUAGAGAUAACGUGCGUAUUGUACAAGAUUGCGCAAACUAUGAUGAAAACAAGGAUGAGAAGACCGUCGGUGGAAGAAUACAGGAAAUACAAAAAAUGACAAUAAUUAUCACUGAUGGAAUCGAUUUUAUCAGAUCUUAUGUAGAAAGGCUUUUUAAUUUGGUCACCUUCAAAGUACCUUUUUUAAGUAUCGUUGCAAUGGUAUUACUGCUAGCUGCAUCAGCCGGAUUGUAUUUCGUUCCAUUUAAUUACUUCCUUAUGAGUUUAGGGAUAUACAAAUUCGGGAGGAAAUAUUUAAAUCCAGACAGAGUUUUAAAUAAUGGUUUAAUAGAUUUCCUUUCAAGAGUACCGGACAAUGAUAUAUUGGUAACUUCAGUCUAUUUAUACACAUCCGCUUGACAAUAACUUAGUUAUAAAUAUUCUAAAUUAAUUAAUAAUUAUAAUUUAUAAU